ACACAAAAAAAAAUUUUUUUAAUACUUUCUCGGUCGAAAAGUAUCCCAAGAAUGUCAUUCCCUGAAGCAAAAAAGAUAAGAAAAUGUUUGAAAUACCUACAACGAAUUGUAUUCAUAAGUUCCAAUUUACGAUGUGGAUCAAUGACUCUUAUUUUCGUGAGUUACUUGUUGUUUGGUGGAAUUAUUUUUGCUUGGAUUGAAAAGAAAUGGACGUUUGAAAAUCCUUUAGACAAAAGACUAACUUCUUCCGAUUUGAUGAGAGAUAUGGUGACGCUACUGCGGUCACACAACUUCGACGAUUUACAAAUAAAGGCAAGUUUCGCUCGCCAACAUUAUGAGAAGGUGCAUGAUAAGUCACUGUUUCACGUUUCGUGGAUUUACGCCUACAGCCAAAAGACGAUGUUUGCUUUAGUUUUGAUAGCAACUUUAGGAUAUGGAAAUGUUGUUCCAACGACAGAAUGGGGUCGUGCCUUCACAGUACUUUACCUCGUCAUUGGAAGGCCCAUACAUUUAAUAAUGAUACGUCUGAUAGGGGUUGAGUACAGAUCUUGCCUAAGAAAAUUAUUGAAGGGUUCAAGAAACCUCACAAAAAUUUUACCAGAAUUAUUGCACACUUCAAAAAUUACAUCUACUUGGACUGGAUUCUGGUUCUUUGCCUUUUUCACUGUUGUUUUUAUACUUGGACCAGCAGCAAUAUUUGGAAGAUAUGAAGGCUGGUCUUAUAUGGAAGGAGUGUACUUCUGUUUGCUUUCCUUAUCGACUAUUGGACUUGGUGAUUAUAUUGCCGGACUUUCCGAGCGGAACUAUUCCAAUUGGUUGUACACAGUAUACGUGCUCGUUCAAUUUGUUUGGCUGGUCUUUGGAAUAUCUUACAUGAAUAUGUGCUAUGUUCUAUUAUCCUAUCUAUUUGGGCUAUUUGUUCUGGACAAACUUGACUGCAAAUGUGUAAAAAGGCAAUCAGCUCGGGAUGACAUCAGUAACUUGUAUAAUUUUGUCGCAGAUUUGAAUUGGAAAUUGGCAAAACACUGUCCCGAAAAAUUCACCGAACAAACAGUGUUUCAAGAAUUUUUGGAUCUUUGUGUCGAUCAUCCUGAAGAUAUCAACAAAGAAAUAAUGGAAAAGUUGUACGAUACGGCAGAAAAGUUGCGAGUUGAGGCCAGCAACUGCCUUCAGCAACUAAAACUGCCGGAAGAGGUCUUAGAACCUAUGAAAAGCCUCAUUGACGAUUCUAAAGAAGGCCAAAUCAUGGCAAGUGAUAGCUUCAUAGCUCGUGAGUUGAAGGAGUCAGCCGAAAGGAGGCAGUCUGCAAGAUUGACCAUUACUCCACACGAUAAGUUCCUGCCACCGCUGGACAUGCUCUCUCCAGAUAACAACACUCCUAAAAAUCUACCUGACAUUGAAUCUGCUUCACCAAGUGCAUCUAGUAGAAGCACAAUUGAACUUUUAUUGGAAAAAGGAGAAAAAGACAGUGAAGAAUCCGAGAAAAAUAAAAGUGGUGAAGUUGAGGAAGAGCGUAAAGAGGAUCACAGUGACGACAAGGUUUCGUCUGACUGAUUUAUUGAAAAGUAACAAAAUGUCGAGAAAAUUUUAAACACUUUUAUUAUUGUCGCUGAAUUCUAUGAAUAAUAAAU